AUGUCAUCCAACACAGAAAAUCUCGAUUCAUGGCAAGUUCGUGACGAAUCAUUUCGAGAAAUUAUUGGUUCAAGCCCAUCGCUGGAUCUCUUGUUGCAAAUCGACUCUUAUCCCUUCGCUCACGAAGCCGGCGUCUUCAUACCCUCAAACGAUGAACUGUUUAUCACCAGCAACCAGUUCACCGAUACAGAUGGCUCUAGAAAAGUCCAGAUUUCCAAAAUAUCGUUGCCCACCGGUGGGAAAAUUGUAAAACAUGGAGAGAUCUCAUGUCCGGAAAUCGCGAUGGGCAAUGGCGGCGUCAACUACGGUGAUGACAUUCUCUUCUGUGCCCAAGGCUCGAUGACACAACCCAGCGGUCUGUUCAAGAUGUCAAGGAUACCUCCGUAUGCGACCGAGCCAGUCAUCACUUCUUUCCAUUCUCGGCCCUUCAACUCUGUGAACGAUGUUGUCGUCAGCAAAGAUGGAAGCAUAUGGUUCACUGAUCCUCCAUAUGGCCAUGAACAAGGUUAUCGCCCUCCUACGACACUGCCUAGCCAGGUCUACCGCUUUGAUCCGGCGACGUCUUCUAUCCGGGCUAUGGCGGAUGGUUUCGGCAGGCCAAAUGGAAUAUGUUUCUCGCCUGACGAAAGAACUGUCUACGUAACAGACACGGAUCUUGUCCACGGUGAUGGUACGAUAGACGGCAACCGGGCUUCGACAAUAUACGCUUUUGACGUAGAACAUCGCCACGGACAACCCGUGUUGCUGAACAAGAGACUAUUCGCAUUCGCCGACGUCGGUAUACCAGACGGAAUCAAGUGCGAUACGAACGGAAAUGUCUACAGCGGAUGCGGGGAUGGCGUGAACGUUUGGUCCCCAGGCGGUGUCCUACUCGGUCGUAUUCUCGUCGACGGUGGCGCCGCCAACUUUUGCUUCGGACGCGGGGGCGAGCUCUUCAUACUCAACGAGCAUCGUCUCUGGAGAGCACAGUUGAGCAAGUCGGUCAAGGGUGCGCUUCUUGAGAUCUGA